ACUGGGCCCCACCGAGGCGUAAAAACGUAAUUAAGAGGUUAAAAACAAAAAUACUUUAAAUCAAAUCGGAGCGCUUAGCAACCAACGGCUACGAUUACACCAUACCCAACGUCUAAAUUUCCUAUAUCCCCCAACGGUCAAAAAUCUCAAAAUACAAAGGGUUUAGUUUUUCUUCCCAAAUCAAGAUCAAGAACCAGAGCGCGUUACAUACACAGACUAAAUACAAAAAUCCAAAGCGAAGAAGCAAAAACCCAUCAAGCAUUGUUCGAAAUUUCUCAUACCCAGUAAGCGAAAAUGAGUGUUCUUGAAUACCCAGAUGCCAUUAACGCCCCGGAGCUUCAGGUCUGGAACAACGCCGCCUUCGACGACAAUGAGGGCUCUGGAUUCUCCGGCGACGCCGUUAAAGCUUCCUGGUCUUUCGAAUCCGAUUGCAGCAAAGAGAAUCUGAGCCCGGUUCCGAAAACCCCUGUUUUCGCGGCGACCUCGGUGCCGUUUAAGCCGCUUAAUGGAAAUUCGCGGCGGUUGUCUGUGGCGCCGAAGAAGAUGGGGUUUGAGGUUGAAGAAGAGAAAGGUCGAGACUUGGGGAAGAUCGAUUCGGAGAUUGAGGAAAUCGAGAAGGAGAUAGGCCGAUUGAAUUCGAGGCUGGAGUUGCUGAAACUCGAGAAGGCCCAGAAGGCGGCGGAGAAGCGCGGAAGAGUUGUGGCGGCGAAGUUCAUGGAGCCGCCGAAGCAGAGUGUGAAGAAUUCCGAUGGGUUGAGAAAGAUUGAGGAGUCUUUGAAUUUGAGCGCCAGGCCGAAGGUUAAUCGGAGAGGUAUGAGUUUGGGGCCGUCGGAGAUUAUCGCUGGAGCCGGGUUCCGGCGGCCGAGUAAGCUUGAGAUAACUCCUGUUCAAAAAAUACAGGAUCGCCGGAAAUCUUGCUUCUGGAAGCUUCAAGACAUUGAUGAACUGAGGGUUACUAAAGAGAGGGGUAAAAGCACGAGUCUUAGCCCGAAAUCGAGGAAGACUGCGUCAAAAAUCGGAGCUCCAAAACAGGCUGCAACUUCAAUUGGGGGUUCUAAGAGGCCUGUGAAGAAGGAAGACAAGGUUCUUGGUUCAAUUGAGCCCAAGAAGCUUUUCAAAGAAGGGGAGAAGUCUGUGCCUAACAAGAAGCCAGUCAAGGCUGGGAGGGUGGUGGCAAGCAGGUACAAUCAGAUUGGUGCUUCUUCGGCUGCGGCGGCGGAUGGCCGGAAAAGGUCUUUGCCGGAUGAUGAUAAGGAAGAUGGGAGCCGGUGUGAGAAGAAGCGCGUGUCAUUGGUGGGGAGGCCACGUGGCAUUGGGAGGGAGGGGUCUAGGAGUGUUGGACCGGAGAGUAGGAUGAAGAAGAGGUGGGAGAUUCCUAGUGAGGUGGUGGUGUUCCAGGGUGUGGAGGAGGAUGGUGUUGCUCAAACGGGUGAUGUGAGUGAUGUGCUGCCUAAGAUUAGGACUGUUCGAUGUGUUAAUGACACGCCGAGGGGGUCAGGGCCGGCAAAAAGGGUGGCGGAUUUGGUUGGGAUGAAGAAGUAUUUUAGCAGCUGUGAUGAGUUCUGCCAGGAAUUGAGUUUUGCAGAAGAGGAGGAUGGUGAAGAAGAAUGAGUGGGAUCAUGGAGGAUUUGGAGUCAUUUAGUUUUGUAGCUUGGUGGAACGGCAUCAUGGAUUUGGAAAACUAGGAAUCUCAUAGUUCAUGGAGAGUCCUAUGACUCCUAUCAUCAACCUUAUUCAUCUAGCUGGAGAAUGGCAUAAGAAAUUCUCGGUCAUGCAAGUGUUUCGAGCCCUCCAUCUGCUUGAAGCCAAUUGAUAAUUCUAUUGAAAUUAAUAUUGAUGGCACUUGUGCAUGAAGAAUGGUGUAAGGGGGCAGUUGUACCAGAGAGAUUCACCAAGGACUUCUGAUGGGAGCAAUGAUGAAAAUCGGUUUUGGUUUUGUUUUCGGCAAAGGCUACUGAAGCUGCAGCCUUGAUGAAUCUGUCUAAAGUUCUGCUGCCAAUUAUAGUGAGAUUGGUAAUCU